AAGACAGAUGCAGAGAAAUAAAGAGAGCAGACUGAGCCGGAGCAUAUAGUAGAUUAUAGGAAAUUAAAUCGAGGGCAGAGCGAGGCGAUUACAGAGUUAUGAUUUCACAAGCCAUCAUAAGCAUCGAGAGGCCAGAUGGAGUAAAAGAACACAACUCGUUCCACUUUGAAGAGAGUUAAGUAGAUUAAAUAAUUUCAUCCGAGCUCCAUCAGCAUCUGUCUGAGCCCCGCAAGGACUCUUGGAGGUAGAGUUGCCUCAGGUCAGGGAUGGGAUCCUCUCUGCUGCUCCGCAAUCUGGACUUUCUACUCAUCUCUCUACUCAGCGGUUUGUGCCUGGUUUAUGCCGAUGAUGUGGUGACGAGAGAGGAACAGAUAGAGUUGUUGUUCAAAGCCAAGCAAAAAUGUGAGGAUGACAUCAAGGCAAAGCACAGGAUUCUUGAUGGUUUCUGCUCACCAGAAUGGGAUGGCAUUGUUUGUUGGCCUGAAGGGCCUCCUGGAAAGCUUGUAUCCACUGUCUGUCCAGUGUAUAUCUAUGACUUCAACCAUAAAGGACUAGCAUACCGUCGGUGUGACAACAAUGGAACAUGGGAGCUGGCAGCAGCCAACAAAACAUGGGCCAAUUAUAGUGAAUGUGCAAAAUUCCUCUCCCAUUACAACCAAAGCUAUGAAAAGGAGGUCUUUCACCGUCUGUAUCUCAUUUACACGGUUGGGUACUCAAUCUCUUUGGGAUCACUCAUGGGGGCUGUCGUCAUUUUAGGAUAUUUUCGACGGCUACACUGUACCAGGAACUACAUCCAUAUGCACCUAUUUGUGUCCUACAUGCUACGAGCUAUAAGCAUUUUUGUGAAAGAUGUUGUUCUCUACUCUGGAUCAACAUUAGAGAACAUGGAAAGAGUCACAGUGGAAGACCUCAAGUCUAUUACUGAAGCUCCACCAGCCAACAAAACACAGUUUAUUAGCUGUAAGGUGGUUGUGACCUUGUUCCUGUACUUCCUGGCAACCAAUUACUACUGGAUCCUCGUGGAGGGUCUCUACCUCCACAGUCUCAUUUUUAUGACAUUCUUCUCUGAUAGAAAGUACCUCUGGGGAUUUACUCUGAUUGGAUGGGGUGUACCAGCUGUGUUUGUAACCAUUUGGGCAACUGUGAGAGCCACAUUUGCAGACACAGAGUGCUGGGACUUAAGUGCAGGCAAUUUGAAAUGGAUAUAUCAAGUGCCUAUCCUGGUUGCAGUAGUGAUUAAUUUUCUGCUGUUCCUGAACAUCGUUCGAGUCUUGGCAACUAAACUACGGGAAACAAAUGCUGGAAGGUGUGACACCAGACAACAGUACAGAAAGCUGUUGAAGUCCACUCUGGUGUUGAUGCCUCUGUUUGGUGUCCACUACAUCAUAUUCCACGCCAUGCCGUAUACAGAGGUGUCUGCAAUUCCAUGGCUGAUCCAGAUGCAUUACGAGAUGCUGUUUAACUCCUUCCAAGGAUUGCUAGUGGCAAUUAUAUACUGCUUUUGCAAUGGAGAGGUGCAAGCUGAGAUAAAAAAGUCCUGGAGCAGGAGAACUCUGGCCCUGGACUUCAAAAGAAAAGCUCGAAGCGGCAGUAACACUUACAGCUAUGGACCUAUGGUAUCACACACCAGUGUUAAUGUCACUGCCAGAGGACCGCUGGCCCUCCACCUCACCACGACUGGACCGGUGCCUGUGAAUGGGCACAGGAAUCUCCCUGGGUAUGUGAAAAAUGGCUCCGUGUCAGAGAACUCUAUACCUUCAUCAGGACAGGAGCUCCACCUUCCUGCCGAAGAACCUUCUGCCCAUACACGGCCUUGUGAGGAUGAAAAACCCUCGCCUGUGGUUGAGGAAGAGAGGGAGACAGUCAUGUGACUUGUAGGACACUGUCUUUGUCAGUGAAAAUUGAAAAAAAAAAAAAAAAAUCAUGAAACAGUCUCAGGAUGGUCCGAAGGGGAUGGCUGCAUGCAUCAACACUGCCAGUUUUUCCUCCUGUGAAUUGAGCCAGAACAUUCCCGAGUUAUGAGGCUCAAAGUAGAAAGGCCGUAUCACUUUUGUGAGCUUAUUCUAGAGAUGAUGACUAACAUUGUUGCAGCAAAUAACUCUUUCAACAACCACCUGCAACACUGAAUGUGUAAAAUGUUGAGAACAGGACUGCCGUUUCUUAUUUCUUUUUCACUGCCAUGACUGUUGUUAUCUUUCAUUUCUGUUCCCUUUGGAAGCAAUCGUCUUGUGGUCAUUUUUUGUGCAUAAGUUAAACUGGGGAUUUGAAGUUACUGCAGUGGCCAAGAAAAGCCUUAAUCACCAAAGUAAGGCCAGGUGGGUACUGAAGGCCCUCAGGGGCACAAAUGUGGGCAGUUUAAUCAGGACAUUUUGGAUUACGCGUAUGUGUGGCUUAAAAACUAUUAAUCCUACUUGUUGAGACGUGUUCAUAUUUCCUGGUGUGGAAUCUCAUUUGUUCUGCAUUGGAUUAAAUCCACUUCAGUGUAAAAGGGAAGUUACUCAGGUAAUUGAAGUCCUCUGU